AUGUAUCAGCGGCGCCAAAGGCGGAACAUUCGCGCUCGAAUGGAGCGCCCAAUUUAAAGGAAGCGGCGAUAUGCUGAAAAAACACGAGAAGUGGAACGUAACAGGCGGGUCUCAUAGUCGUUUCAUGAAGACUCUACAGGAACUCAAUGAUCAUAGCCCACGGGCACUUUUGGCAGAAAACCCUACUCCCAAAUCGUUUUCGUUGGCUCCACGAUGUGGCGCCACCGCUGCAAGAGAUGGGAGGGGUGGGGUGCAUAUUGUCGGCUCAGGGGUUGGGGUGAGCCUUUCUCGGUGCUGAAAUCUUCCUCGCUCUCCCCGAUCGCCUUCGUGUCGCGCCGCGUCACCACCUCCACUUUCCAAUCCGUGUGCGCUGCCGCCCACCCCCACCCCACAGGUAGCUAUAAUAGCGAGUGACGACGUCUUGCAGAGGCCAGGGAGGACCGGGUUCCCUGGGCACGCGAUCAUGAACAUCACCGCGCAACUGCUGGAGCGAUUGCUGCUGGCCAACAACAUGACUCGAGAGGAGUUCAUCAGAGCGUACCAUCUACCGCCAAUGGUGUACGUGCCUCACCUGCCGCAGCCGCUCCGUCUGGCGUUCGCCGUGGUGGGCGCCUUGGUCUUCACGCUGGCUCUCUCCGGCAACGCGCUGGUCAUCUUCGUGGUGGCUCGGCGCAAGGCUCUACACACCGUGGCCAACGUGUUCGUGUGCUCGCUGGCCGUCAGCGACUUGAUGAUCACCGUCUUCUGCAUCCCCAUCACGCUCAUGCAGAACUUUUUCUCCAACUGGAUCGCAGGAGUGGCUCUGUGCAAGCUGGUGCCGUUCAUCCAGGUGACAGCUGUGACCACCAGCAUGCUGACCAUGGCCUGCAUCGCUGUGGAGAGAUUCCAGGGCAUCCUGCACCCCCUGCGCUCACGCUCGCGAUACACGACAGCACGCGCUGCCUCCAUGCUCUGUGGAGUGUGGCUGGUGGGGCUGUGUGUGGCGGCUCCCAUGUUUUAUGCACACACAGUGCAGGUGACGUACGAUGUGCUCUAUGACGUGUCGCACACGGGCUGCAGCGAGCAGUGGAGCCACGCGGAGCACCGCCAGGCAUACACCACGACGCUGCUGCUCGUCACCUUCGUGCUGCCGCUGCUCACCAUGACGGCGCUCUACACGCGCCUGGCGCACGAGCUCUGGGUCAAGACGCGCGUGCACGACGCUGUCUUCAACGCGCUCCAGCGCUCCGAGAUCAACAAGAUCACGAGGAGUAAGAAGCGUGCCGUCAAGAUGAUGGUGAUCGUGGUGAUCCUCUUCGCAGUAUGCUGGGCGCCCUUCCACGUUGUCAACAUGCUGGUGGACUAUGGAAACCUGGAGAUGAGCUUUGACAUGGAGGCAAUCACCUUGGCAAUGGUGCAGCUCUUCGGAUUCAGCAACUCGUUGUGGAACCCAAUUGUCUAUGCUGCCCUCAACCAGAACUACAAGAAGCAGCUGGCGAUUGCUUUGUCCUGCCUGAUGUGCCGGCGCCCUGAUCGCAUCGGCGUGAGCGACCCUCCGGGGGGAGUCACAGCGCCACCUGGGGCCGCGCUGCGCCUGCAGGUAGAAGGCAUGCUGGCAGGCGGAGAACCAUGGCCACAGGAGAGUAAGACCUACGCGGAGAGUAAGUCGGGCACGACUGCGCUCAGCGCCAUGAACACCCGUGGUGCCAAGAUGCACGUGAGCAACAGGAGAGGUGCCGCUGACGUCGGCGAUGUUGGCGGCCGCCGAGAGGGCGAGCCGAGCGGCGGUGCCGUCCCGGCGGGGCCAGGCGGAGAUGGGGUGCGCUGGGCCCGCGCCUGUAUCUGCUCCGCAGUGCCGCUCCAAGGCGCGAGUGGUGCCGUGGGCAGGACGCGCCACCACCUGCCUGUCUGCCGAUUUCGCAGCCUGCGCCGACUCUGUGGGGGUAUUGGUACUGGGGUGGAGCAGCACGCUAUGGUGGCGCUCACCAUCACUGACCCUAUCUCUCCACUUGGAAAAUGGGCCACUUGGCAAACAAUUUCGUAAAUGCCUUAAAAUGUCCCUUUUUUGCAAAGGGUUAAUGUUUGGAUGAGGGUUAGAUGGUAUCUGCGAAUGUCUGUAGGUUUCAAAUUUUCGACACAAAAACAUGCACCAGUAUUGUUGCUGUGCAACUUUGUUGUUACAUUUUUUACACAUAUAUAAUCUUGGUAUUUUUAUAUUUUAUUCCCAUUGUGCUAUUGAUAUGUUAUGAGAGAAAGUAUCGACUGUAUUUGGAACUCUCAGAGCACCGUGGCACCGUGUGAAUUUGUAAUCAGUACUUAUGAAGAGCAGUCGGAGACUGGUUAAAGCACUUCUACAGUCUUCAACCCACAACCUCGAACACACCUUUAACAGCCGCUUUUAAACCCUCCAUCUCCGCCCUCGUUCCCAAUCCACAUCUCUGUCUCGUCCGCCGUGUGCGUGUGAAGUCAGUGCCCUUUAAUCCCCUGACCCCCGUCUAGUAUAUUCCCAUGCAUGUGAUUGGUGUGUGCUAUGUUGAGUGUGGAGAUUGCGUGAGGAUGGCUCGGACAUCCCCUACACUUAUAAAAAAGAUUUUUGUAUUUACAAAAUAGGGGAGACACUUUCCUAUACACUCUGCCAUGAGAUUGGUAGCGCUGUCACAUUUUAUGUCAGGAUGAACUGUUGGCUUAUUAUAUGAUGAGCAAAAAGUUAAAUAUUGAUGUGCACUAUAAUUAUGGAUGGGGGUGCAAUACGUGGGCGAGGGGGGGGGCAGGGGAUGUCAUGCAAAAGAGGGUCGCACCCACAAGUGGGGAUAUUAGGGGUGGGGGAGGAACGUCAGUCAAGGACAGGUACUUUCACUUUAUUGUGAAGCAGUUUUUCUACCUGGCUGGAGGGAGGGACAGGAGGAUAGAUGAUCACAUUCAAAGAAUAUGUGGGCUGUUGUAUAUAUUGGGUCUUGAAAAUAUUCCCAAAUUUCAUUUAAUAAAAACUCAAUGAAAUUUUGGAAUAUGCGGAAUUGUCAGAAAUUCUGUUAAUUGUUGUAAUUAUUCGCAUAAAUUAUGAUAAUUAGGGAUGUGUAAUCGUAUUAAGUUAUGCAAUUGCACGCGAUUAUGCUAAUGUAGGCAGUUAUGAUAAUUAGGCUUAGCUUCGUUGGCCAGGGUCGUAUCAUCAAUCGGGAUAAGACAAUGAAUUGUAUGAAGUUAUGCAAGUGUGAUGUAAGUAUGGUA